CUUUUCCUUUCCUUUAUCAAUGUCUUUUUACACCAUUGUGAAGUUUUAUAGAUGCCAGCUAAACUUAAAUGUAAUCAUGGUCAUGUGUGUUUUCUUUUUCCAGAUGAAGAGAAAAAUGUUUCAAUAUUACUGCUAAUGUAUAUAUAUUUGCUAUACUUGUUGAAAAAUAUGCUGAAGUUCUCAUUCCCAAGCACUUGUAGUCCGUUCUAAACGUUGACAAACCCCCAACAUGAUCACAUCAGCAUUGGAGGCUACUUGCAUCUAAGCGAGUCUAUAUAAGAGCGGGUUGAUAUAUGCGAUAAAUUAGAAAGUUAUAAAUUCUUACCAUAAGAGAGAGGGUCUCACUAUAGGUACAUGUAAAAAUCAU